AGGUAUGAUGGGCACCAUUCGUUUUCGGGGCUCUUCGCAGAACUACAGCACGCUGCUGCUGGAAGAGGAGGCCGGGCUGCUGUAUGUGGGGGGCCGGGGGGCCUUAUAUGCUCUCAACGUGUCCAACAUCUCCACACCUGCGAACCUCACCAUUGAUUGGGAUGCUUCCCCUGAGCAGAAGAAGCAGUGUCUAAACAAAGGCAGAAACAAUCAGACAGAGUGUCACAACCACAUCCGCUUCCUGCAGCGUUUCAAUGAAACUCACCUCUACGUCUGUGGAACAAAUGCCUUCAGACCUCUCUGUGCUUAUUUAGAUGCAGAGAGGUUCAGCUUCACCUCUGGCUUCGAGGAGGGCAGAGACAGGUGUCCAUACGACCCAGCUAAGGGAUACACAGGACUCCUCAUAGAUGGUGAGAUGUUCACAGCCUCUCAGUAUGAGUUUCGCAGUUCCCCAGAUGUCCGCAGAAACUUCCCCUUCCCCACUCUGAGGACAGAAGAGGCUCCCACCCGAUGGCUUCUGGAGGCCGACUUCGUGGGCUCUGUGCUGCUGAAGGAGAGCGUCAACAGCUCGAUCGGCGACGACGACAAGAUUUACUUCUUCUUCACCGAGAGGAGCCAGGAGCAGAUCGCCUACCCGAGCCAGACCAAGGUGUCACGGAUAGCCCGGGUCUGCAAGAAUGACUGGGGUGGCCAGAGGACACUGCAAAGGAAGUGGACCACCUUCCUCAAAGCCAGAAUGAUGUGCUCAGUCCCAGAAUAUGAGCUCCACCUCAACAUCCUGCGCGAUGUGUUUGUCCUGCAGGGGAGGGACGCUCAGAGCAGUAUUUUCUACGGAGUGUUCGGUCUGGAAUGGAAGAAUAUUAAAGCGUCCGCUAUUUGCCAGUACGCCUUCUCGGAUGUGCACAAGGUUUUUGAGGGGCCGUACAUGGAGGUGCAAGAUUCAAAGUGGAGGGAGUACACGGGAAAAGUCCCAGAGCCCAGACCCGGAUCUUGCAUAACAGAUCACCACAGGUCCCAGAACAUCAACUCGUCUCGAGACCUGCCGGACAACGUCCUCACGUUCGCCAGACGGCACCCGCUGAUGGCCACCCAGGUGCACCCUAAGGGCCUGCGCCCGCUCAUGUUCAAGCGGAGUGUGAAUUACGUAAAGAUAGCGGCGCACAAGGAGCCGGCCCUGGAUGGAAACACUUACACCUUUCUGUUCCUGGGAACAGAUGACGGGUGGCUGCACAGAGCUGUGAACAUAGAUGGAGACAUGCACAUCAUAGAGGAGCUGCAGGUCUUCGACAGGCCGCAGCCGAUAGAGAGCAUGGUCAUAUCCUCAGCUCAGAGGAGCAUCUACGUUGGCUCGCACUCUGGCCUCGUUCAGGUGCCGAUGUCAGCCUGUCAGAGGUACACUUCCUGUUAUGACUGCGUAUUCGCCAGAGAUCCCUUCUGUGGCUGGGAUGGGAGAGUGUGUGUGGAAAUAGCUUCACGUUCACAAAGGGCGAACCUGACCCAGGACAUCAUGAGAGGAGUCCGGGGAUGCAAGGAGAAUUCAGGUAACGUGGUCCACCGGAGGCGCUCGGUCAUGUCCGGGGACGACGUUCUCCUCCAGUGCGAGCUGCGCUCCAACCUGGCCACCCCGCGCUGGACGCUCAACGGCAAGCAGCUCCAGGGCUACGGCCUCAGUUCGGGCUACCGCGUGGGCACGGACGGCCUGCUGAUCAUCGGGGCGCGCGGCCAGCAGAGCGGCGCGUACCGCUGCUUCGCCGUGGAGAACGCCGUCUCCGUCCUGGUCUACCUCUACACGGUCAGGGUCCACGCCGACCCCUACUUCCCCGUGGAGCCCACCUCGGCGACCCAGCCCACGGAGGCGUCCAGCCCGACCGUUUUUUCCAGCAGCAGCCCGAGCGAGCAGCCCCUGCCCUCGCCCCCCGCCCCGCUGCCCCCCGGAGCCGCCUUCCAGAGCUACAGGCACAUGGAGGUGGUGUACAUCUCGCUGGUGGCCAUCUUAGGCGGGCUCUGCCUGGUGCUGACCGUGGUCCUGCUCUACGUCAGCUUCUGCACCCGGCGACCGCGGGCCCAGGCCCCCAAGUUCUCGCACCAAGGGCUGCACGUUCUCGGGGGGUCGGAGCGGAAGAGGAGCUCCCACUUCGAGCUGAAAACCAUCUCCAGCCACUGCAACGGCCGGCAGGGCCGCCGCUCCAUCUCCGUGCCCACGUUCGGGGACUUCGACGACAGCUUCCUCCAGAUCAUUCCCGGGGAGGGUCAGACGUCCCCGGCCAAGACGCCCCCGCCGGCCCCUCCCCUCCCCAGCCCCCCGCCGCUCCCGAACCUGGACUACGCCAACGGCCUGUCGGCCACGCUGCCCAGCGUGCUGAGGAAGAUGAACGGGAACAGCUACAUGCUGCUGCGGCAGGCCGACCCCGAGGGCAUGUCCCCGCUCUACCACUCCUUCACGGAGGAGCUCAACAGGAUCCUGGAGCAGAGGAAGCACACGCAGCUGGACCUGCAGCCGGACGAGAGCUCCAUCUAG